AUGCAGUGGGCACCAUCAUCCCCUUACCCCAACCUAAUUGAAAGCCUGUCAACCAUCCUUAAAAAAAAAAGAGACAAGUCUCUGAGGGUUGGACGGCAGAAUAGCGCAAUCCUGAACAUCAUGAAGCUGCUCGAGGGCCGAACAGGUCGCUUAGCAGAUUUGGGAUCGAAAGAUGGGAGAGUGGUGUUUGCUGCUUCCUCUGCUGGUUUCAAGUGCACCGGCUUUGAGAUCAACUCCAUUCUUGUUGCAUAUGUCAGGUCAAAGGCCCGUUGGAGCACUGUGCCUUCCAGCCAGGCUACAUUUGUUAAAAAAUACUUUUGGAAGAUGGAGGCGCUCGGAGAGAAGCUGCUGAAAGAGCUUCGCGUCGUCGCUUGCCGCUAUCCUUUCCCAGGCUGGCCGCAUCAAUCUAUGCUCAACCAGACGUGGGCCUACGACGUCGGCACCGUGCGGUCCGGUCUGAGGGGAAAGUCUCGAGUACUGUGA